GAUGAGAUGGAUGAGAAGGGAGAUAGGGGUGGAGAGACAGAUGGGGCUUGUGUCCAGGCCAUGGCAGUGCUGGGGAGCCUGCGCUCAGGGAUGCCGCCAGCGUGGCCAGCCUCCACCGAUCAGGAGCCGCUAGAGCCCCAGCGCUGAUGAUGAUGAUGCGCACCCAUAGAGGAUCUGAGCUCGGCUGAGGCAUCUCAAGAGACACCCACCUGCAGGAUGGGACUCACCUGCUUUAAGUCCUGGAAGUACAACAGUGCUGCACAGAAAGGAGGAAACAGGGACGUAUUGGUUAGUCCUGGCUCAUAUUUCUUCCUGUCAAACAGCUGUGGUCAGGGGGAGGAGUGGCUGAAGAGCCUAAAUAAGGGCAUUUGGAUUCCUUUUACAGGUGUGUUUGGUCAAAGGUUGGAGGAGACAGUCCUGUAUGAGAGGAGGUAUGGGGAUCACAUGGCUCCUCUGGUGGUAGAGCAGUGUGUCGAUUUUAUCCGAGAGCAUGGGCUCACAGAGGUGGGACUCUUCAGGCAGCCGGGCCAGGCUACGCUGGUUAAAGAGCUGCAGGAAGCUUUUGAUGCUGGGGAGAAACCAUCUUUUGACAGCAGCACAGAUGUCCACACAGUGGCAUCUUUGCUGAAGCUAUACCUCAGGGAGCUGCCUGAACCUCUGGUGCCAUUUUCCCGCUAUGAGGAGUUUCUUAUAUGUGGCAAAAGAAUCCCCUCAGACAGAGAAAAGGGUUUGCAAGAUUUGAAGAGUCUCCUUUAUGAGCUGCCUGUAGCAAACUUCAACCUCCUGAAAUACAUCUGCCAAUUCUUAAAUGAUGUCCAAUCAUACUCCAAUGUCAACAAGAUGAGUAUCCAGAACUUGGCAACUGUUUUCGGGCCAAAUAUUCUCCGGCCUAAAGCAGAGGACCCAGAAAGUAUCAUUGGAGGGGCAGCAGUUGUGCAACAUCUAAUGUCUGAACUGAUCCGUGAGCACAGCUUGCUCUUCUCCAGAGAGAACUGCAACCCUCCUGAAACAUCUUUGCAAGCCGUCCACCAAAAACAAAGACACAGUAACCUUGUGGAAUGGGUGCAUGAACCACCUUCCCACCUGAGGGAGCCUCUGCUUGGCAAAGAUCACGUGACCCUUCCAGAUCAGACUGUAGCCUGUCCACGUGUAAACUCUCUACCACUAACCACAGAGAGGAGAGGGUAUUUUCAAAGCCCUUGUGAGAAAAACAUUAACCAUCAUCUAUCAGACACAGAGAGACAGAUUGAAGAUGACUCUUCACCAACCAGCUCUACUCUGAUUUAUGACAACCACAGUCAACACAGCUCAGCACAAGAAUGUCUCCAUAAAAGACAUGUACCUACACCCUCCACCCCACCACCUGCCUGCCCUUCUAUGACCAAAGUGCUGGAAGCUGGAGUUGAAAUUUGUGUGCAGUCAAGGAGCUGGCCUGACAUAGAAGAACCCAGCUGGAGUCCAGAGCGAGCGCUGGGGGAGAGUGGAGGCAGCAGUGAAGUCCAAGAUAGUACCUUAUCUGUCUAUGACAACAUAAUUACUGAGGUGCGAUAUACAGAAGACAAGGAGGCCAAAGGUACUGCCAGCAUGGCUGAGAGCAGCAGCUCUUGGUCCUCCUGUGAGAUUGCGCCUUUGGAAGGGGGCAGUGGCAGCGGUGGAGCUGCAAGCCCAUGCCAUGGUUCUCCAGUACAGUUCCCCUCAUUCAGAAUGGACUCUGGUGAAGACGAUCUUCGCCCUAACUCCCCUGCCUCAUCAUCUGCUCCCACAGAUGCCCCUUUAAGCACCGGCAGCAGUGAAGUCUUUUUGCCAAGUGCUCCCCAAGAGCCCUUAGGUUUUCCAGCCUCCCAUGCCAUGCAGUGCCUCGUUGCAGGGCUUCGUCAACAGAUGACCAGGCAAAAGGCAGAGUAUGAAGCAAAAUUGAACAGGCUGGAGCAGAGGAACACGGUACUUCAGGGGGAAGUUGCAGGGCUCCGCUCAACUCUGGAGCAGCAGCGACGCUGGGUCAGUGUGGCCGAGAUCAAGAUGCGAAAUGUAGAGCGAGCACGUGCAGAUGCUGACAGACGGAACGCCACUCUGCAACAGGAGAUGGAGCAGUUCUUUGAAACAUUCGGGGAGCUUAAAGCAGAGGCCCGGAAAACCAGUCGCAUUGUUCAAAGUUUUUGAAUUCACAUGCUGUUUGUGAUUCACAUGCUGUGCAACAAAUCUAAGCUUAGCAGCAUAUGAAAGGUUUCAAUGUUUUAGGGCAGUGUUUUCCAACUGUGGUCCUGGAGUACCCCUAAUAGUACUCAUUUUGGAUAUCUUCCUCUGAUACCCCCAUUUCAGAAAGAAGUUUCGCAAACCAGCUGCUGAGUUUAAUUACGGAGACAUAUGUAAUGUUGGAAGUACUCCAAGACCAGGUUGGGAAACACCAGUUUCAGAGUAAUAACAGUGUUAAAAACAGGAGUCUGUUUCAGGGCUGUAUAAUUGAGGAUGCAUUCCUGAGGGAAACCAUUGCCCCACUUUUGAGUACAGUUCUGUUGCCUGAACGACUGUAUGGACCAGCAUGUUCAAAAUAAUAUUAAAAGACAAUUUUUUGCCAUUUAAGUGUUCAAAGACAAUGGAAUGGACCCAAAAGUAGGAUAGAGUUUCAUGAUGUAGACAUCAUGGUCUGAGCAUGGAUGCCAUAUUUGAGAAAAGAGAUUCUAAUGAAAACUUGUCCCUAGGGAUACUCUACGAUAAAUGAGCUCAGACUUAAAAAGUCUCUGCCCUGGCUUGGGGUCACUUUACAUUAUGUAAUGGAGUACUGUGUAGGUAACACAAGACACUCAUACCUUGUACAAAAACAAACUCUUCAUACACUGAAUGUAUUUGUACCAUAUGAAAUAACAUGAAAAAAAAAAAUAAAGACAUCAAACUACUUUAGUUUGAGAUUUUUAUUUGGACAGGCGUAACACAUGGUUCUUUUUUCUUUUCUUAGAGAAAAGAGGUCUCACUCUAUUAUUGUAGACAGAGAAUCGCAUUUAAGUUUUGCAUAUGCUUCAGAUAGGUUUGUGAUUUGGGUAAUUCCCAUAGCCCACUGAGAGGGCACCCAUAUGUAGCACAACAAUACAAAACACAUGAAAACUAAACAGACAUUACUAGCACAGAGCAGUUAGAUAUUAAUUCCUUUUACAGGAUUUGAUUGAGAAGAUUGAUGAUGACAUUCAUGAGAACUGUUUUCUUAGGAAGAUAGUCUGAGAAGUAAAUAUCCAAGAAGUCAAUAAUUCUUCAAGUCAUUACAGAUUCCACCUCUAGUGAUAGAUUGUCAGUGACAAAA